AUGGAUCUUCAGUUCAGGAGGAUCGCGUCCCGGACGAGCGCGCGCCGUUGCCUGUUCCUCGGACUCUCUGCGUGCUUGCUGCACGCCCUCACGCUCGCUGCUGCGAAGGAUCUCUGCCACAUCCGCCCCGAGUCCCCCACCUGCCAACGCGGCCGGCGCGGGCUCCGCCAAGCGGCCGCGGCCCCGGUCGACGAGGCCGCCGACGCCGCCCUUCUGACCCUCGAGCUCCUGGAGGCCGCGAGGAACGGAGACGUGCGGCAGGCGCGCCGUCUCGUCGACGAGGGCGCGGACCCCGCUGCCGUCGAUGACGAGUCCGGGGUCACCGCGCUGCACGAGGCCGCGUGGGACUGCAACACGGAGAUGCUGCAGCUCUUCGUCGCCGCGGGCGCCGACGUGGACGCGGCCGACGUGCGCAACGAGACGGCGCUGGACGACGCGGCACAGCGGGGCUGCGUGGAGAGCGUCCGCUGGCUCGUCACCGAGGGCGGCGCGGACGUCCUCGUGAGCGACGUCGACGGCCGCACGCCCCUCCACACCGCCGCGCUCGCCCGCCGGCGCCCGCGCGCCGUCGUCAGCGCCCUCCUCGAUGCCGCGGCCGCCGCCAACGCCACCGACGCCCUCCUCGCCGCCACCGACGCCGACGGCCGCACCGCCGCCGACCUGGCCCUCCAGCAAGAGAACCUCACGCUCGCGCGCCUUCUCGGCGCCGACCUGCCCACAGAGAUCGCAACGAUCCUCAUGGUGCGCGCCGCCAGCGAAGGCGACGUCGCGCUCGUGCGCGAGAUGCUCGAGGCCGGCGCGGACGCGAACGGCACGGACAGCGCGGGCAUCACGGCGCUGAAUCAGGCAGCGUGGGACUGCAACACUGCGCUGCUGGAGGUGCUGGUGGGGGACGCGGGCGCGGGGGUGGACCUGCGGGACGCGCUCGGGGAGACGGCGCUGCACGACGCGGCGGCGCGCGGGUGCCUGUCGACUGCGCAGUGGCUAGUUGACGUGGCCGGGGCGAACGCAACGCUGCGCGAUGCAGCAGGCAACACAGCGCUGCACGGCGCCGCGGCCGCGAACCGCGUCGACGUCGUGGCGUUCCUCAGCGCCGCAGCGCCAGCCGCCGUCGACGCCGCGAACGCCGCGGGACGGACCGCGCUGAUGCUGGCAGCAGAGAGCGGGCACGUCCCGACCGUCCAGGCGCUGCUCGCGGCCGGCGCGGACACGGCCGCCGCCGACGAGCGCGGGGCGACGGCUUCGGAUACCGCUGUCGAGGCGGGGCUGGAUUUCCUCGCAGAGAUCAUCGCGGACGCCGCUCCGGGGCUGUGA